AUGUGUCGGUACGCUGAAGCAUUAACAUUACCCAUUACGGGAAUUAAGGAACUCAAACCUCGGUUUCAAGAAAAAACCUAUAUCACCGAACCAACCUUCAGCUUCUGUAUAGGAUGUAAUUCUGUGACGAGCGUUAAAUCGCUCUGUUGCCCCGAGACCACCCUGGGGGAUUACCAUCUGAAGAAGGAUGAGGUGCUGAGCUCAACUACCAACACCUACAAGGUUCUGGAGUUUUUGGGGAGAGGAACCUUCGGACAGGUCGUGAAGUGUAAAAGGGGGAUCAACGAAUCAGUGGCUGUGAAGAUCUUGAAGAACCACCCUGUGUAUGCCAAGCAAGGCCAGAUUGAAGCCAACAUCCUGGCCCGGCUGAGCAGGGAGGGCCCUGAUGAGAACAACUUUGUGAAAUUAUAUGAGUGCUUUCUACACAAGAACCACAUCUGCCUUGUGUUUGAGAUGCUCCAUCAAAGCCUCUAUGAUUUCAUGAGGGAGCGUACGUUCAGCCCGUUGCCCCUUAAACAUAUCCGACCUGUCCUGCAGCAGGUGAGCACGGCCCUCAUGAAGCUGAGAAGCCUGGGGUUGGUCCACACGGACCUGAAGCCAGAGAACAUCAUGCUGGUCGACCCCCACAGGCAGCCAUACAGAGUGAAAGUCAUUGACUUUGGAUGUGCGAGUAACAUCACCAACUCUGUAUGUGCCGGCAACCUGCAGACCAUUUAUUACAGGGCUCCUGAGAUCAUCUUGGGGCUACCAUUCUGCGAGGCCAUUGACAUCUGGUCCUUGGGCUGUGUCAUCGCUGAGCUCUUUUUAGGGUGUCCUCUGUACCCAGGAGAAUCGGACUACGAUAUGAUCCGUUACAUCUCGGACACUCAGGGUUUACCGGCGGAGCGUCUACUUAGCACCGGGACAAAGACCACCCGCUUCUUCCAUCGGAGCAGAUAUUGUCCAUACCCGCUGUGGAGAUUAAAGACCCCUGAAGAGCAUGAAGCGGAGACCGGCGUUACUUCCAAGGAGACCAGAAUGUACAUCAUUAAUAGUCUGGAGGACAUGGCUCAGGUACUGGUGGCAUCAGAUUUGGAAGGGAGCGAUUUGCUGGUGGAGAAGUCAGACAGAUGCGAGUUCAUCGACCUGCUAAACAAGAUGCUGAGUAUGGAUGCGGACGAAAGAAUAACAUCUAGCGAGACUCUCAACCACCCCUUCGUGACCAUGGCCCACCUGCUGGAUUUCCCGCGUAGCUCACAUGUAAAAUCCUGUUUCCAGAGCAUGGAGAUCUGUAAGCGGCGGGUCAACCAGUCCAAGAUGCCCUUCAUCACACCUGUGGCCCCCAGAACCUCCACCAACCUGACUAUGACUUUUAACAAUCGGAUUGACACUGUGCACAGCCAGGCAUGGCCCAGCGGCACACAACAGAUCCUGUUUUCCCCGGCCUGGCAACAACUGGCCGGUGUGGCAGACUCCCCGCAGCUUGCAGAUUGGAGGGAUUCCUCUCACUACCAGGUCUCGUCAUCCCUGUUUGUCAGUUCUCCCGAUCAGUAUCAACAAAUGAACGAGAACACAUCUCCUUUCUGGUCGGUGCCCCAGAGUUCUUCCCCUUAUAGCCCCUUCAUUAACUGUGGCUGGGGAGAAAGCUCUAUUACCGGGUGCCACGACCACCAGCUGCAAACAGUCACGAUUCCUGACGCAUACAGUCCUGAGGACACAACCCGUUUUUGGUCAGUGCCCCAGAGUUCUUCCCCUUAUAGCCCAUCCAUCACCUGUGGCUGGGGUGAAGGCUCUGUAAGCAGAUCUCCUGACCAUCAAUGGCAAAAUAUCUGGAUUCCCGACACUGUCUUCAACAUCGACAGUGACUCCGGUGAGGAGGAAGAACAAAGGCAAGCGGCCCCAUGGGAUUCCUCUGACUACCAGGUCUCGUCAUCCCUGUUUGUCAGUUCUCCUGAUCAGUAUCAACAAAUGAACGAGAACACAUCUCCUUUCUGGUCGCUGCCCCAGAAUUCUGCCCCUUGUAGCCCCUUCGUUAACUGUGGCUGGGGAGAAAGCUCUAUUACCGGGUGCCUUGACCACCAGCUGCAAACAGUCACGAUUCCUGACGCAUACAGUCCUGCGGACACAACCCCUUUUUGGUCGGUGCCUCAGAGUUCUGCCCCUUAUAGCCCAUCCAUCACCUGUGGCUGGGGUGAAGGCUCUGUAAGCAGAUCUCCUGACCAUCAAUGGCAAAAUAUCUGGAUUCCGGACGCUGUCUUCAACAUCGACAGUGACUCCGAUGAAGAGCAAAGGCAGGCGGCCUUAAGCCUCCUAAAUCAGGACAGGAACGCAAUCGGCUGUGCCACCGUUCCCGAUUCGCCUUUCUCAGGUUCUUCUAGCGACAGCUGCCCCUAUGGAGCCAUCGGGCAGCGCCCUGGCACCAAUUCUACCGCCCAGGAGAGCAGAUGCCAACCAGAGAGCGCCUGUCCUGCCAACCAUCGCACGAUCCUUGUACCACCUCUGAGACAGCCAGAUACAUCCAGCCUCUAUGGAUAUGAACCGGAGUUGUCAGACUUCUUCUAUGCAUCAUUGGCUUCGGCUUUUCCUGCCUCCAGUAGCACUGUGGGAACGUCGGCGUCUCGGCAGCCACGUGCCGGCAGGCAGUCCUUCCAACAACAGCCAAUUUAUCUGAGCCAGAUGUCUCAACACCACAUCUCAGAGCGUACAAGCAGCCACCGAAAGCAACGAGUCUACUUAACCCGCCGGCGUGCCAAGGCUCCGUAUUACUUCCCUCGUGGAAGCCCCAGCCGUGGAGCCAUUCGCCAUCGCCUGGCGGCUGAAGCUCACCUUCCCGGCCAGCCUGACCUGUGCACCUAUACCGCACCUCAGGCGCCGGGUCCCAUCGGAACAGUUGCUCACCUGCUGGCUUCCCAAGGAUCGGCGAUGCAUGUUGCAUACCACACCAGCAACAUACCUGUUAGCAUGACCCCAGGAUUAUUUCCCUACCCCAGCCUCCACCCUGGCCAGUACCAGGCCCAGUUUGCCCAUCAGACUUUCAUCCCAGCCUGCUUCACUUCCAGCGUUUACACCGGAUACCCGCUAAGCCCACCUGAUACUGUCUAUCAGUACCCUUACAUAUAGGGCUCAGGUGGUGGGGUAGAGGCAGGUGCUUUUGCGGAUAGAUCAACAUCUUAUCUGGAGGCCUACGGGGUUAGCGUGGGUCAAAUUUUAGUUAGGAUAAGAUUUAGUUAGGAUAAGAAUAAAAAAAUUUAAAAA